AUGGGCUCUGCUCGGAUCAUUUCCUCCCCUCUUUCUUGCUUCAUGCUCCUGCUUUUGUCCAUCAAUUUCUCAUCCUCUGCAAUUCUAGAAAGGACGGGCUCGGACCGUAUGGUCAAAGAUAUCUGUUCCAAGACCCAAGACCCUGUCUUUUGCAUGCAAGUUCUAGCAUAUGAUCCUCCAACAAAGGGCGCAGCUCUUCUCAGGAGCCUUGCCCUGUUCUCUCUGGACUUAGCUCAGGCCGGCGCGAGUGAAGCCCGGAUCGCGAUCGACGCAAGGAUCAACAGCACCGGCGACCCGCAGCUGAGGGAGGCAUUCAUCGAGUGCUCGGCUGCUUACGGCGCGGCCGUCUCCGCUCUGAGGGAUGCGGACAAGCUCCUCGUCUCGGGGGAUUACGUUAGCCUGAGGACUCGAGCUUCAGGCGUUGCGGCUCAAGUUGAGCAGUGCCAAACUUCCCUGAAGCUCAAGCAAGAAGCAAGACAAGACCCAAUUGGUGUCAAGAACAACGACUUGAAGCGCAUUUGCAGCAUCAUCCUAGCUAUUUCUAAUCUUUUGCUUGCUUUGAAUUAGUUCUCAACAAGACUCUGUGUCAAUGCUGGGCCAAA